AUGGUUAUACAUUUUUUACUUAUCAAUAUAUUGAAACACACUAUAUUUCCAAUUCUAAUAUUUAUUUCAUUCUGUAAAAUAAAUAAACAAACCUAACCAUUAAAUAGAAAUUCUUAAUGAAACUUAAGCUAUAUGUAUAUUGAUAUUACCAAUAUAUAUUUCUUUUGAUAUAUUGGAAUAAUUGAUUGAAAAUGAUUAUGUAAUAGAUAUUGAUUUAAAGUAGAAUAAUAUACUCGCUCCAAAAUUGAAAUUCUAAGGAAAAUGUCUUAUGAAGGAUUAUUAAAAUUUAAUUUAUUAUUAUUAUGAAUUGUCAAGAAUUUAUAUUCAAUUAAAUAUAAGAUUAUAAAAUAAUUACGCUUUUUCAUAAUAAUAUCUCAUUUUAAUAUUCAAUAUGAUGAGAUGA